AUGGCCUCCACAACCAACGGCGAAAAGCCAAGCCUCCGAUACGCAGAUAUCGGCAUCAAUCUCUCAGACCAGAUCUUCCGCGGCUGGCAACAUGGCAAGAAGGCUCACGACGACGACCUCGAAUCGGUCGUCCAACGCGCACGCCAUGCUGGAGUACGAAAGAUGAUGGUCACUGGCUCCGAUCUCGUGGAAAGCAAGAACGCCGUCAAACUCGCAGAAGCCUAUCCCGGUCUCUGCUAUGCAACCGUCGGUGUACAUCCUUGCUCGGCGAAGACGUUCGACAAUCACGAAGGAGGACCAGAAAAGCUGCUUGAAGAGCUGAAGAAGCUGGCACAAGAGUCAAGAGACGCAGGCACUGCAACAGCUUUUGGCGAAAUAGGCCUGGACUAUGAUCGUCUACAGCACGCAAGUAAGGAGACACAGAUGAAGUACUUCGAGAUGCAGCUCGAUUUGGCUGCAGAGCUACACAUGCCGCUGUUCCUACACAUGCGUGCCGCCUGGGAUGACUUCAAAGCUCUCCUGGAGCCGCGACUGCAGAAGUUCCCCAAGCGCGGCGUCAUUCACUCCUUUACAGGCACGCUGCAAGAAAUGCAAAAUAUCGUCCAGCUCGGCUUCGAUGUUGGCAUCAACGGGUGCAGUCUGAAAACCGAGGAUAAUCUUGCGGUUGUGAAAGAGGUGCCAAUGCAUAGGUUGCAGAUCGAGACUGAUGGUCCCUGGUGCGAGAUCAGGCCAAGUCAUGCUGCGAGUGUCCAUCUGAAGGACCUACCUACUGAUAUGCAGCUUCCCAAGGCUGUGAAGAAAGAAAAGUGGACAAAGGAUACGAUGGUCAAAGGUCGUAACGAGCCUUGUGCCAUAGGCCAUGUAGCGUGGGUUGUUGCCAAAGUGAAAGGCCUGCCAGUUGAAGAAGUCGCUGAAACUGCAUGGAACAAUUCCAUCCGCAUGUUCUCUCUUGGAGAGUCCUCCAGCUGA